AUGAACUGGAUGGGUGGCGUCCGGAAUCGGUUAAAGGUCAAGAAUGACAGGAAGCGACAACAGGAUUUCUUUGAGAAGCAGAAAUUUACAAGCAAGGUGAGAAAACUUGAGACUACAACAAAUCCACCUAAGAGGAAACAAGCCGUCAGUUUGGAUCUUCUCUCAUUACAGGCAGCAAACUUCAGUGCUGCUCACUAUAAGAAAAAUGGUACUGGUAUUAGAAGCAGUGGCCGUAUCAACCGCAUUAACCUUGACAAGUCUCAGGCAUUACUUAGACAGAAGUUUGUUAACCUUCCUGAUGCCUCUCCAGAGUCCAAGCCAUCUGCUCUUGAUCUUAGCAAACCAAGUCCUCAGGAAAGUGUGGUUUGUCCAAAACUGUAUCCAACAUCAAGGAGACACCCCUUGUCAACUAUUACUGAGGACAAGUCACCUUCUGUAACUGACAUCAGUAGCCAAGAUCUCUCUCAAAUGCUUACUUCCCAAAGGGAGCAGUCUAACAUUUGGACAUCAACUCCUGCAAACUUUUGGCACAAGAGAAAGAGGCCAAACAGACGCAAUGUUUUGUUGGAUUCCAAGCAUUCUAUCGGACAAGGAGAUGAUCAUGAUGGUGUGAAGAAAGAGCCUCCUUUCCACAGCCCUUCUUCUUCAGAGAAGCUCCUCCUUGAUGGCUCGAGAAAUCAGAUAAGGAUGAUGGAUGACACACUAGACAGUGACUACUGGGCUGGUAAAACUCCAGGCAGUAGUACUAGUGCAUGGUCCGAUCUAUCUACAAUAAUGGAAGACACAGAUGAUGCAACUGUUCCUUCAAUAGAAGACGAGGAUUUCAUCUAUCGAGAUGUAGGGGUUAAUCAGGUUAGUGACCUGAAAGUGCAGACAGAACAAUGGACUUAAAUAAUAUUUAAGUCCAUUGUUAUAUGAUAUCUCC